UGCCAAAGGACUUCAUGCAUCAUUAGAUUCAUUAGUGAUCAUAAGCAUCACCAGAAACUCUGUAUCUUUCUUUUUUCAAAAGCUAAAAAUGACACUAUGGGGCAAACUAGAGGCACAGUUUGGGAUCGAUGCUCCUGCAGAUCAGUUUCAUGAUGUCUUAAGUUGUCGACCACACCAUAUAUCCAAUAUGUCCCACAAUAUUCAUGGUUGUGAUCUUCAUGAAGGUGAAUGGGGUAAGGAAGGCGCUAUUGUCUGCUGGAAAUAUUUUCAUGAUGGGUCUGCUAAAGUGGCUAAGGAAGUAAUUGAAACCAUAGAUGAUGUGAAUUUGUUAAUCGUCUUCAAAGUGAUCGAAGGAGAUUUGUUGGAAGAAUUUAAGAAUUUCAAGGUGACCGUUCAAGUUACGCCUAAAGGAGAGGGCAGUGUGGUGCGUUGGACCUUAGAAUAUGAGAAGAUCCAUGAGAAUAUACCAGAUCCUUACUCCUUGCUAGAGAUUAUUGUCCAAAAUAGUAAGGAUGUUUCUGCUCAUCUCGUGAAAUGUCAGAACAAAUGAUCAUGGAACAUGUUAUGCUCUAAUAUGUGGUUUGCAUAAUAAUUAAAUAAGUGCUUUAUAAUGAAGCACCAAUGACAAUGCAUCUUUGCAUAUAAACUUGUAUCUAUAGGACAAUGCAUCUUUGCAUAUGAACUUGUAUCUAUAAUGCAUAUGAACUUGUAUCAGUAACGUUUUAAACCUUAAAACUAUGUCUGUGUGUUUUUUAAUAA